GAAUAAACUCAGAGAAAAUCUGAGCACUCUUAGGCAGAGAAGAUAGGUGUGAGGACGACCAAAUAAGAUUCUCAAGGACUCAGGUAGCGGCUAGUCUGUGGUCUGGCCAAGGGUGGGGGAACGGCGGCUUAAAGGAGAAGGCAAUUGCGAAGUAGAGGGGGGAAGUGCUCUGGUCACAUUGAUGAAAAGUGGGAAGUUCAGAGGCCAACGAAAUAAUCAAAGACUCAGAAAAGUGCACAGAUGGGGAAAUGUUGGGACGACUUGGUUGUAAAGUCAGAAAAGACUUCUCAAAAGAGAGGUCUUUGAGCUGAGAAAGUGAGAAGGAACCAGCUACAGGAAGAACGUUCCUGCAAGACAGAACAGCAAGGGUCACAUUCCCGAGGUGGAAACAAACUUGGUCGGUGUGAGAAACAAAGUGGGGAUCGCUGGUGGGAAUGCAGAAGUGAAGUGGGUUGAAAGCGAGUUUGGGGGUGGGUCAUCGGGGGGUUACAUCAGGUCAAGCUCCAUAGGUUAUGGUGAGGUUGCAUUUUCUCCUAAAUAUAACGGGAGGACUUUGAGUAAGAGAGUGACUUGGUCUGAUUUAUAUUUAAAAAGUAACCCUGGCUGCUGUGCUGAGAGGGCACUAGGGAGUAAGCAAAAAUAGAAGCAGGGCUGAUCAUCAGUAGCUUUUGUCUCAUUCAGAUGUGGGAUGAUGGUGGCACGGACCUGGAUAGUCAUUCUCUGUCAAGGUGAAUCUGUCAGCAGUAUGGUGUCCUCUGUAUGCUAUGUGCAACCUGACUUCGGUAGGUGCCUUCACACAGACUGUGCAGAUGGUGCCCCUGGACUUGAGCAAGAUAGCAGCUCUAGGUGACACUGAAGCCAGAAUGAAGUGUUUCGAGAAGGAGUGGGUGAUUGAGCACAUGAAAUGCUACAGAGAGGGUGGCAUCCAAGUGAGAUGAGAGUAGAAAAUCUCUGUGGGUUUUAGCCAUUGGAGAUCUUUGGUGAUCUUGACAGAACAGUUUGAGUGAUGGAGGGAUGGAGGCACAAUCAGACGAGGAUGGGCAGGAUGGUCAGUAAUAAAGGUUGGGUCCUUGAAGAACCCUUCCUGUGAAGAGGGUGAACCCCUAAGAACCCUCAGGGUGUCCGGGAAAGCAGAGGAGGGGAGCUGAUGGUCUCAGAACCACCUCCAGGAAUGUCUUGGCAGCUGUCUCCAGAAGGGGAAGGUUUGGUCCACAAGUGGGGUCACUGAAGGGUCUCCUGGUGCCACUCUGUUUCCACCUCUCUCAGGCCACCUGGCUAUGGACAUAGAGCUGCCCAGCCAUCCUCGCCUGGUUCAGGGGGCUUCCUCACCUCCACAUCUCAGGAUCAGCUCUCAGGUUUGAAGGCAUAUCUGAUCCUGAGGGUGGCCCACAUUCAUCGAUGUGGGGUGUGAGACCUCUGGGUUAGCCUGGAGGAAAUGGGGAGUCACGGAUUGGUAUCUUUCAGCCCCAGGACAGCAGAGGGUCCUCUCUCCCUUUCCUGGCUGAUGGGGCACCGUUUCUGUUGGAGAAACCCACAGGACUGAGACAUCACUGCCCUCCUGGUUCCUGUUCCCGUGAGCCCCACAGAGGCACAGCGAUGCUCAGAGGCAGAAGGGAGGCUGGGUCUGAGCUUUGGGGUUUGGGACCUCAGUUGUCAGCUCCUUAGGGCAAGUCCCCAGCUCCCUCCCUCUCACUCCUCCCUGGGAGAGGCCCUUCUCUUCCUCUGUGAACUGGACGAUGGAGUGACGAGUGUGAUGCCCUUGACGCUAGAGCUCCCCUGGUAGAGGGGAACCUGCUUUUCCCAGAGAAAGCCCAGGUUGGGCAGCAGGGACAGAGGAUCAGAGUAAAGAGGAGGGUGGAUGUUAUGGGCUGUAUUGUAUCCCCCCUGUCCCCAAAUUCACACAUUGAAGUCUAACCUCCAGUAUCUCAGAAUGUGUGUUUGGAGAUGGGGUCUUUUAUUUUGCAAAUUUUUCCCCAUUCUGUGCGUUGUCCUUUUACUUUAUUGAUAAUUGGAGAUAGAGUCUUUAAAGAGAUAAUUCAGUUGAAGUGAGGUCGUAGGGUAGCAUCCUAGUCUAAUGCGACCGGGGUCCUUGUAAAGGACACAGACACACACACAGGGAAGCCCAGGUGAAGAGGCAGGGAGAAGACGGCCAUCUCCACGUCAAGCAGAGGCCUUGGAAGAAACCAGCCCUGCUGACACCUUGAUCUUGAGCUUGUGGCCUCCAGAACGGUGAAGUAAUAUGUUUCUGUGGUUUAAGCUGCUCAUUCAGUAGUGUUUAAUUAUGGCAGCCCGAGCAGACUAAUACAGUGGAUUCGAGGACGGAAACAGCUUCAGGUAACUUCCUCCAGGGGGCCCCUCCUGACUUCCCCUGGGCCCGUCAGGAACAUCUGUCUGGGCAGGUGGGGGGUGGGGCAUUUAUGAGCACCUGGUGUCUGUCUGUUUCUAAGGAACUUCAUUUACCAGGCUGGAUCCCCAUGAGGUCAGACACUGUGUCUGAUUUACCUACAUACCCUCCCCUAGAUGGCUUGACUCCUGCUGCACACAAGGUCCCAGGGGCAUGGAGGUCGAGCGGGCAAGCCCAGUGUCUCACAGUGGCCGAAACAGAGCGUUAUUUCAAGGAGAUGACUCGGAAGGAGACCAGCUCAGCGAGCCCCAGCGCCAGGCAGGCCCCCUAGGAAAGAAUGAGUUCAAAUGGGCCAGAUGGGGCUGAGGAGAGUUAUGGAGAAGAGGAGAGGGAGUCUGUGGGCCUGAGCAUCAGAAGCUCAUUUCAUGCAUCAGUACCCCCCGGGGCUCAGCUUCCGCCUUCUGCCAGUGCCUAAGGCCAGCCACAGCGUCCUGCCCCAGAGCGGGUCCAAGAUGCUCCUGCCACUACUCGUGGCCGUGCUGUGGGGCGGGUCAGGGGCUCUGUACCCCAAAUUCCAGCUGCAAGUGCCGAAGUUCGUGAGUGUGCAGGAAGGCUUGUGCGUGGUCGUGUCCUGCUCCUUGAUCACCUAUCCUCCAAGAGGCUGGACUCACGCCACCCCAGCUCACGGCUACUGGUUCAGAGACCCGGCCAACACACACACUGAUCCACCAGUGGCCACAAACAAGCCAGACCAAAAGGUGCGAAAAGACACCCAGGGCCGAUUCCAGCUCCUUGGCAAUCUCAGCCAGAGUUGCUCUUUGCUGAUCAGAGACGUACAGAUGGAGGACGCAGCAUCGUACUUCUUUCGGUUGGAGAGAGGCAGUUAUGUCCAAUAUAAUUUCAAGGAGAACAUGUUCUACCUAGAGGUGACAGCCCUGACACAGAAGCCAGAGGUCUACAUACCAGAGACCCUAGAGCCUGGGCACCAGGUGACACUCAUCUGUGUGUUUAACCGGAUCAUCGAGGAAUGCCCAGCCCCUACUUUCUCCUGGACGGGGGCUGCCGUCUCCUCCCAUGGGGCAGGGCCAAGGACCUCCUACUUCUCAGCGCUCACCCUCACACCCAGACCCCAGGAUCACGGCACUGAGCUCACCUGUCGAGUGGACUUCUCCAGAAAGGGUGUGAGCACAGAGAAAACGGUCCGACUUAGCGUGGCCUACGCCCCCAGGGACCUGGUUGUCAGCACUUCCCGGGCCAAUGUGUCAGGUACCAAGGGCCUGUUGAAGGUGUCGGGGCGUGGGGGAAUGGUGGUCCUCCUGCAGCCCUUCUGCUUUCUCUCUGCCUCUCUCUCUGCAGCCCUGGAGCUGUGGGGAAACAGCCCACAUCUGGAAGUCCAGAAAGGCCAGUUCCUGCGGCUGCUCUGUGCCGCUGAUAGCCUGCCCCUCGCCACCCUGAGCUGGGCCCUGGAGGACAGAGUCCUCUCUUGGUCCCACCCCUCCGGCUCCAGAACCCUGGAGCUGGUGCUGCCCGGGGUGAAGGCUGAGGAUGCAGGCCGCUACACCUGCCAAGCCGAGAACAGGCUUGGCGCUCAGAGCCGCAGCCUGGACCUCUCUGUGCAGUAUGCCCCAGAGAACCUGAGAGUGGUGGUCUCCCAAGCAAACAGGACAGUCCUGGAAAACUUCAGGAAUGGCACAUCCCUUGUGGUCCUGGAGGGCCAAAGCCUGCGUCUGCUCUGUGUCACUCACAGCAACCCCCCAGCCCGGCUGAGCUGGGCCCGAGGGGGACAGACUCUGAGCCCCUCCCAGCCCUCAGACCCUGGGGUCCUGGAACUGCCUCAGAUACAAACAGAGCACGAAGGAGAAUUCACCUGCCAAGCUCAGAACCCGCUGGGCUCCCAGUAUCUCUCUCUGAGCCUCUCUGUGGUCUACCCCCCACAGCUGUUGGGACCCUCCUGCUCCUGGGAGGACCAGGGUCUGCACUGCAGCUGCUCCUCCCGGGCCCAGCCGGCCCCCUCCCUGCGCUGGCGGCUAGGGGAGGGGCUGCUGGAGGGGACCUCCAGCAACGCCUCCUACAUGGUCAACUCCAGCUCGGCUGGGCCCUGGGCCAACAGCUCCCUGAGCCUCAGUGAGGGGCUCAGCUCUGGCCUCAGCCUCAGCUGCGAGGCUCAGAAUGUCCACGGGGCCCAGAGCGCCAGGGUCCUGCUGCUGCCAGGUGAAAAGAAACUUCUCUCCAAGGGAGUGUUUGUAGCAAUUGGCCUUAUGACCCUCCUUUUCCUCUGCCUCAUCCCGAUCGCCGUGAAGACUUUGCGGAAGAAACGGACCCAGGCAGAGGUUCCGGCUCCGGCCCCGGCCGCCCCGGCGGCCCCGGCGGCCCCGGCCCCGGGAGAGACUCUGCGGUCCAGACUCUCACGGAGGAGCACGAUUCUGGAUUACAUCAACGUGAUCCCUAAACCUGGCCUCCUAGCUCAGAAACGGAAAGCCAAUCCAAGCAGUCCUUCCCGGCCCCCUCCGCCAGAUGCUCACCCCCAGGAAUCCAGGCAUAAGCAGAAGCAGCCCUAUUAUGUUUCCUACAGUUGUCCAGGACCCAAAGCCUCCACUCAAGAUGCAGACUAUGAGAACAACCAAGAGGAGCUCCAUUAUGCUGUCCUCAACUUUCCAGGCCACAGGCCCUGGGAGACUCAGGGGUCCAAGGAUGCCCACUCGGACUAUGCAGAAAUCCAGCUCCAUUGAGGGUCGGCUGGGCUGUAAGACUGGGAUCCAGGCCAGGGAGAAAGGGAGAGCACCUGAGAAGAACUGUAGUGUCUCCUUUUCUCUCUUUAAUCCUCAAGGCUGACUCAUCCCAUCCCAGACCCUAGCAUUUUGGACCAGCUUGACAAAACUCUCCAGAGUGGCUUUCUGCAAAUAACACUAUUCUGAGCAGCAAGGAAAAGCUUUUCCUCUGACAAACCCAGGCCUCACCCUUGCUGGUGACUCACAGUCUCAGUUUCUCAAAGGUGGGAGGGCCUUUAAAGAUCAUCUUUGUGAGGUUGGCAAGCCAACCUCGCAGGUCAGGUCUGGCCUGUUUCCAUGCCAACUGUGAGCCAAGAGGGUUUUUUACAUUUUACAUGGUGAGGGGGAAAAAAUAGAAUGUUUUGUGAUGCAUGGAAAUGACAUGAAAUUCAAAUUGCAGUGUCUUUAAAUAAAGCUUUAUUGGAACACA